CCGCAGCAUGCAGCAGCAGCCUGGGUGGCGGCGGCGGCCGUGAAGUAAGGGCCGUGCGCCCGGGAGGGCGGCGGCGUCUUUGUUGCGGCCGGGCCGCCGAGGCCUUUGUCUGCAGAUGGUGGACGCGGGCGGUCGCUCCGCCGCCGAAGGCUGGAGGAGGAUGGAGGCGCCGCCGGAGGGCGCCGACCUGGUGCCGCUGGACCGCUACGACGCGGCGCGGGCCAAGAUCGCCGCCAACCUGCAGUGGAUCUGUGCGAAGGCCUAUGGCCUAGACAACAUCCCUGAGGAUCUCAGAGACCCUUUUUACAUCGACCAGUAUGAGCAGGAGCACAUUAAGCCCCCCGUCAUCAAGCUUCUCCUGUCAAGUGAGCUGUACUGCCGAGUCUGCAGCCUCAUCCUAAAAGGGGACCAGGUGGCUACCUUACAAGGACACCAGUCUGUCAUCCAGGCCCUGUCCCGGAAGGGCAUCUAUGUGAUGGAGAGUGAUGAUACCCCUGUGACAGAUGCCGACCUCAGCCAGGCACCUAUUAAGAUGAGUGCCCACAUGGCGAUGGUGGAUGCCCUGAUGAUGGCCUAUACUGUGGAGAUGAUCAGCAUUGAGAAGGUGGUGGCCAGUGUCAAGCGCUUUUCUACAUUCAGCGCCUCCAAAGAACUUCCUUAUGACCUCGAGGAUGCCAUGGUAUUCUGGAUCAAUAAGGUAAAUCUUAAAAUGAGAGAGAUAACAGAGAAAGAAGUUAAAUUAAAGCAGCCGCCACUGGAAAGUCCCGCUCAUCAAAAGUCUCCCUCCAAGUGGUAUUGGAAGUUAGUACCCGUCCGCUACCGGCGAGAGCACCUUUCUGCUAGGCAGUCACCCUACUUCCCGUUGUUGGAGGACUUGAUGAGAGACGGCAGUGAUGGCGCUGCCCUCUUAGCAGUGGUUCACUAUUACUGCCCAGAGCAGAUGAAACUGGAUGAUAUUUGUCUGAAGGAGGUGCCGUCGAUGGCUGACAGCCUGUACAACAUCCGGCUGCUGAGGGAGUUCUCCAAUGAGCACCUCAACAAGUGCUUCUAUCUCACCCUGGAGGACAUGCUGUAUGCUCCCCCAGUGCUGAAGCCGAACGUGAUGGUUUUCAUUGCUGAGCUCUUCUGGUGGUUUGAGAACGUCAAACCAGACUUCGUUCAGCCCCGAGACACUCAGGAGCUGAGGGAUGCUAAAACAGUGCUACAGCAGAAGAGCAGCAGACCUCCUGUCCCAAUUUCCAACGCAACCAAACGCAGCUUCCUGGGUAGCCCUGCGGCCAUGAGCCCUGCUGACGUGCCACCACCCACUCAGCCUCUCGCUGAAGGCAGUCAUCGGUACCACCUCCACUCGGAAGAGCCUGACUGUCUUGGGAAAGGAGCUUCCGCAUUUAGUCCAUCCCAUCCUUUGUUGCCACUGAGGCAGAAACAGCAGAAAGUGUCGCAGGCAGAGGACAUCCCUGACCAGCGACACAGAUCGAAUUCCUUAACUCGGGUUGAUGGCCAGCCACGAGGGGCAGCAAUAGUGUGGCCAGAUAAAAAGGGCAGGCCUGUGUCCCAGCCAACACCCUUUGCUCUCCAUCAUGCUGCAAGCUGUGAUGUGGAGCCCAGCUCUGGAGACAGUGUCAGCUUAGCCCGCUCUAUCAGCAAAGAUAGCUUGGCAUCCAACAUCAUCCACAUGACCCCGCAGAACCAACCCCAUCCUUCAGCCGGAAGGACCAAUGGGAAAAGCCUCCUGAGCCAUGUCAACAUUGAAGAUGAGGAGGAAGAGCUUGUGGCCAUCAUCAGGACAGAUGCGACUGCUCAUUCCCCAGAGCUCCCUAGGAGCUCACCUCAGGCCCCAGGCCUGGUAGCAAGUGUCAGGUCUCCCCAGAGGCAGGCAGACACUUUGGACACUAAGCCUGACAGUUUUUACUUAGAGCCCCUGAUGCCAGCAGUACUUCGGCCAGCCAAAGAGAAGCAGAUUAUCACUAAGGAAGAUGAGCGUGGAGAAGGGAGGCCGAGGACCAUCAUGUCUAAGAGGCCGAGUGAGGGCUCCCAGCCUCUGGUACGGAAGAAAGUGACGGGUAGCCAUGGCAGCCGUGACCUGAACAGAACUUUCACCCCAAUUCCUUGUUCAGAAUUUGCUGCAAGCAUCGAUCCUGCAGAGGUAGGACCACAGUCAGCAGAAGCUACAGGAGAAGGACAGCCUCUGGCCCUGGGUAGAUUUGAUCCUUUGCCUCAGGGGCAGGCUGCUGAUGGCUUCUUCCUCCAUGUAGGCAGGGCUGAGGAAGAUGAAGGGAGGUGGUAUGUUGGUUCCCAGAGCCCCAGCUCCCACGACUCGGAACCCUGGACCAUCCUGAGGCAGGACUCUGACUCUGACGUGGUGGACGUGGAGGAUGCAGAGCAGGAUUUCAUUGGUGAGGACCAUCCUGUGGUUAUCCCCAGAUACACUGGUGAGGAAGAGUCAGCCAAACUCCAAGAGGACAUGAAGGUGAAGGAGCACGAAGACAAGGACGAUGCCAGCGGCCGCUCGAGCCCGUGUCUGAGCACGACCUCUCAGCUCAGCAGCAUGUCCAUGGCAAGCGGAAGUGUGAAGAUGACCAGCUUCGCCGAAAGGAAGCUCCAGCGGCUCAACAGCUGUGAGACCAAGUCCAGCACCAGCAGCUCUCAGAAGACCACCCCAGAUGCCUCCGAAAGCUGCCCAGCGCCUCUGACAACAUGGCGCCAGAAGAGGGAGCAGAGCCCUGGCAGGCACAGCAAGGACCCUGCCAGCCUGCUGGCUUCUGAGCUGGUGCAGCUGCACAUGCAGCUGGAGGAAAAGCGCAGGGCUAUUGAAGCCCAGAAGAAGAAGAUGGAGGCCUUGUCGGCGCGGCAGCGUCUGAAGCUGGGCAAGGCCGCCUUUCUGCACGUGGUGAAGAAGGGGAAGGCUGACGGCGCCCCGCAGCCACUGAGGCCGGAACACUUCACGAAGGAGUUCACACAGCAUAAUGGGGAGGACUUGGAUGAUGGCACUUGUAAAACCGAAGGCUUCCUUGUCAGAGAAGAGCAGAGAGAGCUCAGUGAGUCCCAGGAUGUGGCGUUUGUCCAGUUGCAUAAGCCCAGGGAGCCGGCUUCUCUGCAUGACGGGGAGAAGCACAGAGCGAUUUCCGCAGCCUUCCUAGAGGACGGUGUUGGCGAGGCAGAUGUGAAUGAGUGUGACCUGUCCAUUGAAAAGCUUAAUGAAACCAUCAGCACACUGCAGCAGGCUAUUCUGAAGAUCUCCCAGCAGCAGGAACAACUGCUCAUGAAGUCCCCCACAGUGCCAACACCAGGCGCUAAAAAUAAUUGCCAGGACCAAAAGGUAAAGGCCCCAGUCCACUUUGUUGAGCCACUCUCUCCAACUGGUGUGCCUGGCCACCGCAAACCCCCACGGCUUGGCCAGGGCCGGAACUCCCGUCCGGGAAGGCCAGCUGAACUGAAGGUUCCAAAAGACAGGCAGCAGGCUUGUUCUCGGAGUAAAACCCCAACACCCAAUGUGGAGACACUCCCACAUUCUCGGUCUUUGCCCCCAAGCACCCAUCCACGGUCACCCUCUGACCCAGGUGGGGAACUCCCUGAAAAAUGUCUCUUUGACAGUUAUAGGCUCCAUGAUGAGAGCAACCAUCGGACACUUGUUCUGUCCUCUUGCAAAGAUACAAACAUUGUGUCAGAACAGAUGAACUUUAAAGAGGGUCUGGAGACAAGUGUGAAAGAGGCAGGGCUGAGCUCCUCUGCCGUCACAGGCAAAGAACAUACCCUGAUGGAAGAGCCACUGAGGAGCAAGGCCAGCCUCAUUGAGGUGGACCUCUCCGACCUGAAGGCCCCUGACGAGGAUGGAGAGGUGGUUGGCCACGAGAGCUCAGUGGAGCUUGGUGGAGAUGGUGACCAGAAGCCUGGGGUUGGUUUCUUCUUCAAGGAUGAACAGAAAGCAGAAGAUGAGCUUGCUAAGAAGCGGGCCGCCUUCCUUCUGAAACAGCAGCGCAAGGCUGAGGAGGCUCGUGCUCGCAAGCAGCAGCUGGAGGCGGAAGUGGAGCUCAAGCGAGAUGAAGCCCGGCGGAAGGCUGAAGAGGAUCGGCUGCGGAAGGAGGAGGAGAAGGCGAGGCGAGAGCUCAUUAAACAGGAGUACUUGCGGAGGAAGCAGCAGCAGGCCUUGGAGGAGCAGGGACUUGCCAAGCCUAAAUCGAAGCCUAAGAAGCCUCGGCCGAAGUCAGUUCACCGGGAAGAGUCCUGCAGUGACUCGGGAACCAAGUGCUCCUCCACCCCUGAUAACUUGAGCAGAACUCACUCUGGCUCCAGCCUCUCCUUGGCAUCGGCAGCAACAACAGAACCCGAGAGUGUUCAUUCCGGGGGCACGCCUUCUCACAGAGUCGAAUCACUGGAAGCCUUACCCAUCCUGAGCCGCAACCCCAGCAGGAGCACAGACCGAGACUGGGAGACUGCGUCGGCAGCUUCUUCUUUGGCGUCGGUGGCUGAGUACACAGGUCCUAAACUCUUUAAGGAGCCCAGUAGCAAAUCAAACAAACCAAUUAUUCACAAUGCCAUCUCCCACUGCUGUCUGGCUGGAAAAGUGAAUGAACCUCACAAGAAUUCAAUAUUGGAGGAGCUGGAGAAGUGUGAUGCCAACCACUACAUCAUUCUGUUCCGAGAUGCGGGCUGCCAGUUCAGGGCGCUUUACUGCUACCAGCCCGACACUGAGGAAAUCUACAAACUCACUGGCACAGGGCCAAAGAGCAUCACCAAGAAGAUGAUUGACAAACUGUAUAAAUACAGCUCAGACCGAAAGCAGUUUAACUUGAUCCCAGCCAAGACCAUGUCCGUCAGCGUGGACGCACUCACGAUCCAUAACCACUUGUGGCAGCCCAAGAGGCCCACGGUGCCAAAGAAGACCCAGACUCGUAAGUGACCACGGCAGCCAGGACUCCGCGAGGAUGUGCUGACAGGAUCCUUAUUUAUUGUUUUCAUCCAUUUGGUACGAAGUGUGACGAGCCACAGACAGUUUUGUACAGAGGUUCCUAGAGAUGAGAAGAUGCUCUUCCCCCGC